AUGGCUAAGAGAACUAAGAAGGUCGGUAUUACUGGUAAGUACGGUGUGCGUUACGGUUCCUCGCUAAGAAGACAGGUCAAGAAGUUGGAAGUGCAACAACACGCCAGAUACGAUUGCUCCUUCUGUGGUAAGAAGGCCGUGAAGAGAGGCGCUGCUGGUAUUUGGACCUGUGGCUCCUGUAAGAAGUGUGUUGCCGGCGGUGCUUACACCGUGUCCACUGCCGCCGCCGCCACUGUGAGAUCCACCAUCAGAAGAUUGAGAGAGAUGGUGGAAGCCUAA